AUUUUCUCUCUCCCCCCGCCCCCCCUCUCUCUCUCUCUCUCUCUCUGCAAAUCCUUGGAACAACGACACAACCAUGUCGACGAUCUAUCGAACAAAGCCCUAAUUUUCUCUCUCUUAAACUUCCCCAAUUUGGUUUCUCCAAUUGCAUACAAGCUUCGGGAAAUUCCCUGAAAUUGGGUCUGUUUUCUUCUGUCCCUUUCUCAUUCGAAGGCGGAAUUGCAGAGUUGUUUGAAUUCUCCUUAAUAGUUGAUAAGGAGUGGGGUUCGAGCUGUUGUGUCGAUAAGCUGAAUCACUUUAACCCAGAUUUGCUCAGUUAGGUCUCGUUUUUAUUUACGGAUGUUAGAGUGAUAUAGGAGGAAGUUGUGCAGUUGAAAUCAUGGGGAGCAGUGAAGUGGAUAAGUCCUCUAAGGAGGGAAAAGAAGCAAAGGAACCCAAAACUCCGACCGCACAGAAUUUUCAGGAGCAGACUUCAGCUGCUUCCGGCGCAGUUGCUGCCGAUUGGUCUGGGUUUCAGGCAUAUUCUCCUAUGCCUCCGCAUGGGUUCUUGGCAUCGAGUCCACAGGCACACCCUUACAUGUGGGGAGUUCAGCAAUUUAUUCCACCAUAUGGCACUCCACCACAUCCGUAUGUUGCCAUGUAUCCCCAUGGGGGCAUAUACGCACAUCCAACAAUGGCUCCGGGAUCCUAUCCGUUCAGUCCUUUUGCUAUGCCUUCUCCUAAUGGUAUUGCUGAAGCCUCUGGUAACACUCCCGGUGUGGAGGUGGAUGGCAAGUCAUCGGAGGGGAAGGGAAAACUGCCCAUCAAAAGAUCCAAGGGAAGUCUCGGCAGUUUAAAUAUGAUUACUGGGAAGAAUAAUGAACCUGGCAAAUCAUCAGGUGGCACUGCAAAUGGUGUGCAUUCUAAAAGUGCUGAGAGUGGAAGUGAAGGUUCAAGUGAAGGAAGCGAUGCAAAUUCUCAAAAUGAUUCCCAAGUUAAGUCAGGCGGCCGGCCUGAUUCAGAAGAGCCAUCACAGAAUGGUAGCGCUCCUCACAGUUCUCAAGGUGGUGGACCUAGUACACCUCACACAAUAAUCAAUCAAACUAUGGCUAUGGUGCCAAUGCCGGCAGUAGGGGCUGUUAGUGGUGUUCCUGGUCCCACAACUAACUUAAAUAUCGGAAUGGAUUAUUGGGGUGCCACCCCUCAAUCUGCUGUUCCUGCCAUGCGGGGGAAAGUGCCUGCUACACCAGUUGCAGGAGGAAUGGUCACUACUGGAUCACGAGACAGCAUCCAAUCACAGCUCUGGAUUCAGGAUGAAAGGGAGCUCAAAAGACAGAGAAGAAAGCAGUCAAACAGGGAAUCCGCUCGUCGUUCCAGAUUGCGGAAGCAGGCAGAAUGCGACGAACUGGCCCAGCGUGCUGAGACUUUGAAAGAAGAAAAUGCAUCUCUAAGGGCAGAAGUGGCUCGUAUAAGGAGCGAAUAUGAGCAACUUCUUGCUCAGAAUGCAUCUUUGAAGGAGAAACUUGGUGAACAUCCUGGCCAAGAAGACCCAAGGAGUAAUCGGGAGGAUCAACGCACGAGCAACGAUGCUCAAUAAUCCAAUCAAGCAUAUGGAUAUCACAUGAAGAGUGGAUAAUGAAUUUGUAGCAGUCUUAUGGCAAGAUGAGUUCUAUCGCUCAACCUAACUUUUAGUGACCCCAUAUUUACAUAGUAUGUAGUUAAAAAUUCAUCAAAGCUGACCGUAGCCUCAGGACUUGUACGUCUGCCAUUCUGGCUUUGACCAGUCUUUUAUGGGCGCUGAGUAUAGAUGGUACGUAGAGCUCAUAACAUGCGCUUCACCCUCUAUUAUGUUAAAAAGGGGGUAUCGCCUUAUUCUUGUUAAUUUGUAUGUUAUUCAAUAUGGUUGGUUGGAAAUGGUAAUUUGGACAGUAUGUAUUCUAUAUGGAUCUUGGCUUUC